AGAUCAAUUAUUUUGUAGUAAUGGAAUUACUAUUCGUUUCGCACAGAUAUUUUAAAUUCAAACUAAAAUAAAAAGGAUAAUUCCCUUGCCACUCUGUAGAUGUCGUCUCUUCGCCGCCAUGACACUUUCAUUAUGGAGUUUCUGUGUGUUUCGUGCACAUCGCGAAAAAUUCUCGUCUCGGAAAAGUUAUAUUUAAAGUGAUUUUUAAGUGUUCUUGAAGAAUGAAUUCAUCAUCGGAUGAGUAUCAGCGUGCUGGGAAACGGAGGAGACAACACAGCGGUGAUCGUUUUCCGAAAAAACGGGAGAAAUCAAGGGAAAAAGUGAAACGACGAAGUCGUUCAAGAAAACGACGCCCAUCCACAUCCUCACGUAGCAGCUCAUCCUCUACAGAAAGAGGAUCAAGGGAAUUCAGCCGAAGAACCAAAAAUAGUGAGCGUUUACGCAGAGAAACGCCACGCAGAACAUUACCUGCAAGUCGAAGCGGCGAGCGUCACCCACGCGGUGCGCCACGCAAACGAAGCAGGUACAAUGAUUCUAACCUCGACAGGAACAGAUACGACUCAGUGAGUGAGAGUUCUGUAUCAUCACACCCCGACGAGCGGAGCUCGAGCAGUCCGCCUCGGGAUGAAACAGAAAAACCUGCUCACGAAACGACACAAUCCGGAAAAAAUCAGCCUGGAACAGAGGAGAAAAUUGACAAACAGGCGUCAGUGGAAGUCGAUAAUGCAGAUCCCCUGUUGAGCCAACUGGACUCUACGGAGUUCGAGAAAAAAGCGACGGGAGCGCCCGUGAAUGAUUCCGUGUCAAAGUUGUGGUCGAACAUUUUCAAAACAGGCUUCAAAAGUCACAAAUACUUCGACUGUCAAAAAAGCCACCAACACCUCGAGAGGAAGGAACGACUCCAAGCCCGGCAAUUUAAACUGGCGGGGCCCUCCCAGGCGCAGUCACAACAGACUGAGACAAGGAGGGCCAAUGAAGAAUCGGAGUUACCAUCAGCGAGCGCCCAGGAAAUAGAGAGAGCAACACCCACUCGCGGACAAACUUAUCCUGGUGGCCGCACUGUUAUCAAGGAAGGCUUCAAAAUGAGAAGACACACGGAAGAGACCGACAACAUCAUGCUGUCGUCGUUAUCCAAUAGAACGUUGAACGAGUACAUUGAAUGUAUAUAGGGCAGCGUUGUCAUUGAUAAUGAAUAAUGAGCACCGCAAAU